AUGGAGAGAUACAGCAACGGCCGGCUCUCGGACUACAUCGAUAUGCAUGGUCCCUUCCUGCUGGCACGGGGUGACGUGCUCGCGAUUUGCUUACUCUCCGCCGUGGCCUUCUUGCACAGCAAGAAGAUCCUCCACAGGGACAUUCGCCCAGAGAAGAUCCUCUUGAAUGAUGCUUUGGAACCUAUUUUGGUCGAUCUAGGUUUAGAGACAUUGCAGACAGAGGCGCAGUUGGUGAACCUAGUUGAGCCGACGGAGCUGGGUGUGCCGGGCGACACCGUACCCCAUCGCGAGCUCCGCGUGGGCGUGCUCUCCUUGGUCUUGCUGGCGGCUAUUGUGGCUGCGGAGCCUACAGCUCUUCUAGACCCUUGGGACGGCGAUUGUAACAAGGACGACGGCGUAGCACGACGUGGACCGGACGACGUGGACAAUCUUCCAUCUCAAUGGCACGUGUUGAGCAGCAGCAAAAAUUGCACCAAGCAAUUUGCAAGCUUCUACACCCAGGUGGUGACCUAUGCGGAGUCGCAGAGGCAGCUCUUCAGCGACUUCUUGGGUGAGCUGUCAGACCGGUGGGUCGUCAACUUCACCCAGGUCCUUAUGCAGGUCUUGUCGCUUUGUAUCCAUCAGCUCCAGAACCUUCCCACCGAAGAGGCCCUCGAGGUUCAGGAUCAGGAGCAACUCCGCGACCAGAACAUUGGUGGAUGGGUUGGGAGCCUUGGGCGGAGCUCCUUAGAGGCAGACCAGGCAGCCUUUGAGUGCUUGGAGAAGUCCGAUAGCCGAGAAGAGGAUUUCUGUGUCCAGCGUAGCCAUUCGGUGGAGUCGAUGGAAGCCGUACGCUUCGAGGAGCCGCUGAAGGACUUGAACCCCAACCUCGCGGGCAAACUCGGGGUCGGCAAGUGGAAUUUUGAUGGCCUUGAAGCAGUCCAACAGCACCCCAGCAUCCUGAGGAUCGUGGGCACGGAGCUGCUUCAACAUUUUUCCUUUGUCUCUAGAAGCGCCUUGGGGAUCUUCCUCACCAAGCUCGAGGCUGCUUACAAUCCAGAGGUGCCAUACCAUUCCAACGCUCAUGCAGCAGAUUGCGCGAACUCCUUUGAGGUGAUGCUCAGCAAUUCGGGCCAAGACCCGCACCCCUUGAGGAUCGCCUCGUGCUACAUUGCAGCCUUGGGGCACGAUAUGGGGCAUCCAGGAGUCAACAACGCCUUCAUGGUGAACUCCCGACAAGACUUGGCAUUGACCUACAACGAUCGCUCUGUGCUGGAGAACUACCACGCUGCGGAACUGGAGCGGCUUUUGGUUUCGCGACGGGUGUUGGCGUUGCCCAAAGCGCUUGAACAGAAGGAGCGUCAGGUGAGAAUCGCCUACAUCCUGAGUACUGACAUGUCCAAGCACAUGCAGGACUUGGGCGACUUCCGAUUGAAGUUGGGCUGUAAAGACUUCGACCCCUUGGGGAAUCCGGCGGAUCAGCAGCUCAGCACCAUGUGGCUCUUCCGGGCUGCGGACAUCGCGCACAGCGCGAAGCCCUGGGCGAUCCAUCGGAAGUGGUCCAUGCGCGUCGUCCAGGAGUUUCAUGAGCAAGGUGAUCGUGAGCGAAUUUUAGAUUUACCCCUUUCGCCCUUGUGCGACCGAGAGCACUUCGAGCUUGCCAAAUCACAGACCGGCUUCUUGCAGUUUGUGUGUAUCCCGCUGUGGCAGGAGUUAGUUCGCUUGGAGACGCUGGUCCAAAACGGCUUGCAGCCGGUGAUGCCCAGGAAGUCCAUGUCCUUGAACCCGCCGAGCGCAUAUGCACACGCGGCGCACGCGGCGCACGAGUCCCGGGAAUCCAAUCGAAGGCGACAGGUGGAGCCGCUGAACUUGAUGCCAGAGCUAAGGGAGUCACACACCAUGAGCAUGGGUGAGACCGAUCCUAGCGGGCCGAAGCUCAACCACUCCUCCAGCUUUCAAUUGGGUGUGGCGGUUCGGCUGCUAGCGGAGUGUCAGGACAAUUUGCUGGCAUGGCAAAACUUGCAAAGCCUGCCCAAUGCCGUGAACGAAGAGCCAUGA